CCUUAUCUGCACCACGCUGACGGCCACCAUGAUGUAGGCGGUGAGGGUCCCGAUGGACAUCAUGUCGAUCAGCUGCUCGAGGUUGAAGAGGAGCGCCAUGCUGCUGGACAUGAGCCAGGCCAGCAGCGUGGAGCGCAGGGACGUCCCGGUCCUGGAGCUGACGAGGGCCAGCGAGCGGACCAGCAUGCCGUCGGCGGCCAUCGUGAAGAGCACCCUGGGCAGCGGGAACAUGGAGCCCACCAUGCUGCUCGCCGCGGGCAGGGAAGUCCACAGUUAGACUAGACAGCCGUCUCCAUGUCACGGUGAAUGGAGUCGAGACACGAACCUGGUGAUCAUGGCGAACAUGGCGCCAAUGGUGACGAUCCAACUGAUCACCGGGAGGCCCACUUUUUCGAACGCCGACGGGAAGGGCGCGUUAAGGUCCUGCCGAGCACGCCUUUCAAGAGGGAGGUCAGAGAGAGUCGGGGUGGCUGACGGCCGAGACGCGGGAGGCACAGCCACGCACUUGCUCGUAGUAGGGCACCAUCAUGGUCACCACGACGGACACGGCCAGGUACACGACGAAGAUGACGGCCAGCGUCAGCAGAAUGGAGAGCGGGAUGUUUCGCUUUGGGUUCCUGGCCUCCUCGCCGCAGGCCGUGAUGGUGUCGAAGCCCACGUACGCGAAGAAGCAUUUGGCGGCGCCGGACAGCACGCCCGGGACUCCGAACGGCAGGAAGCCCCCCGCCCCGGCGUGCUGCUCGGAGACAGUGGCGGGGAUGUCCUCGCGCUCGAUGCUCCAGUUGGCGACAUUGGCUGUCAAUUUGACACGAGUUCAUAUCAGACUAACCUGCUGGAAGGACAGGUGUUUGGCAUCGGUCGUAUUGAACUUGGCCUUACACGUGCAGGCGCCCGCCACCACGGUGACGAGGACGGUGAGCAGGUUGAGGAAGGAGCAGACGUUGUUGAACAGCGAGGACUCCUUGACGCCCAGCGCCAGCAGCACUGUGACCGAGACGUGGACGAUAUUGAACGAAAUGUCGCGUAAAUGUCAUUAUAUGUUGAAUGGACGUCGAGUGUGAUGCCGCCGCAGACUCGAAAGACGUACCGGCGAGCAGCGAGAUGAAGGCCACGGCCAAGAAGCCCGGGUACUCCGCGAGGAAGGAGCCUCGGAGAGGCACGCUGCGCAUGCUCCACGUCCGAAUGGCAUUCCCGGUCACGACGUCAACGUAGUUGGAGAAGGCGCGAGAGACGCUCGCCGUGGCUGAGGGCGCGGCGGGGACUUUGAGUGUUUAUGGACACAAGGGAGUCACGGGUGGCUAGCUCGCUUUUUCCCUUCAUCACCCUACCUAUGGCGUAUUCCAGUAUGAGGUUCCAGCCGACGAAAAAGGCCGUGAACUCCCCGACGCCCACGUAGGUGUACGAGUAGGCCGUGCCCGCGGUGGGCACCACGGCGGCGAGCUCGGCGUAGCACAGCGCUGCGCACCGCACGGGUCGGGUCAGGUGGGCUGGUGGGCCGGUCCGAGAUCCAUUGCUCACCGGGGGAAGACCAUGGCUCACCGGCGAGCAGAGAGGCGAUGGCGGCGAUCAGGAAGGACAGCACGACGCCGGGCCCCGCCGUCUCGGCGGCGAUCUGCCCCGCCAGGAUGUAGACACCCGUGCCCAGGGUGGCGCCCACGCCCAGCAGCGUCAGGUCCAUGAGGCUCAGGACGUUCCUCAUCUUGCUCUCCUCGCGGCGCGGGUCGUCUGCCGGCGGGAAGGCUGCCUUGCGGCGGGACAGCCGCCCCCACGUCCGCUUCGCUGCCUGUCGUCACAAUCGUGGUGGUCACCAUCUCGGCGGCUCAGACCGUGCACACCGAAAACACCCAGGGAAGGACCUCACCCACCUCCAUAACGCCAGACGACACAACCUCCUGAGGCCUCUCAGAGACGUCUCGUGUUUGUAAAUAUAUGGCAGUUAUCAAACUCUCAAACAGUUAUCGAAGCUCCGCCCCCUGCAGUCCAGGCUCAAUGUAUUGUUGUCACCAUUACUUUGAAAUUUACGUUUAUAUUUUGGCGCCAUUGUGGUUUGCGAUUCCUUUUCGGACAAUAGAUUUCGCAUAUCUAAUAGUGCGCUCGCUAAGUUUCUCAUGAGAUCGUGCCCUAGUCUCGCGGCAGGGCCGUGAAUAUCAUCGGCUAUCGCCCGCUGCCGAGAGAUGGCGCCACUUAAUUUGUUUUUGUUUGUUGUUUUCAUCCACCCUUUCAUUGGCCUUCAAUGACAGUUGCUUGGUAGUUUUUUCGCUACAUUGUCUGCUUGUAUAACCAAACUCUAGAAUGAGUGAGAGGGAAUGAAAUUUAGUUUCGGAACCACAUGAACCAAAGUAAAUCUCAUAUAGUAUUAGAUCCAUACAAGUUCUUCAAACUCUUCUACAAUGCUGGAAGAAGCGGAGCCUUUCCUUCCACCUGAGAUCUUGUCAAUGAUUUUUGAGUAUUUACCGGCAUCUGAUAUUGCGAACUGUUCCUUAGUGUGCAUUAAGUGGCGAGAAGAAAUUAAUCGCAAUGAGUUAUGGAGACGUCUCUGCCUACAGCGUGGUUGGGCAGAGAUUAUAGAUCAACCAGAAGUUUGGAGUCAGACAACUUCAAGGGUCAAACCAAACUUCAAAGCUCCAGAACAAGAAGAAGGAUCGAGGUUGUCUCCACUAUGUUCCUGGCACAUUGACUUUCUUCAAUGUGCACACCUGUACAACAACUGGAAAAAUGGCUACUAUGCUGUACAAGAAUUUGAUGAAAUAGUGUCAGAACAAUUAGGCCAUGUUCUUAUCACAUCAAUGGACCUAAAUCGUAUGUAUGUUGUACUAGGAGACGAAACUGGUGGUGUUACGAUUUGGAAGCAAGCAAAGGAGAAACCCGAAUUUUUGGAGUAUGUUUCUUGUUUAUUUUCGGAUGCAGUCAUAUCUGAGAUUUUCCUUGAAGGCACUUCUUUUGCAGUGAUUCAGUUAGGUCUUUUACAGGUGUAUCACAAGAAUGACUCUGGGAAAUAUAGUUUAUGUUAUUUUAAGGCCAUGAUUGAUAAAGCUCCUGAACUACCCCCAUUGUCCCCUAGUGGCAAUGACAAAGCCAUAGAUGAUUGGUUUGUAGAAAACAUAUAUGAGUAUUUUGAGGAGGAUGAGUUUCGAUAUGCUAGAGCAUGUCCAGACCCUGUUGUGGCUUUUUGGGGUACAAUUAAGUCAGUUGAAGUUUUGUCAUUGAAACCUGGAGGAAACCUAAAAUCAUUGCAAUUACCUUACGAAACAUACAAAAUUUCUGAUGUUGCUCUUGGUUCCCAUGCUAGUGUCAUUUAUGUUGCUCUUGAGAACAAUGUUGUCGGUAAUGUUAUAUUGGAAUACAGCUUGGAAAAGGAUGUUUGUGUAAAGCAGUUGAAGGAUACCUCAACAAUCAUGCGUAUUCAUGUUAAUUACAACUUUCUUGUCAGCGUUAAUAAGCAAGGUAUUUUCACAAUAUGGGAUUGUGUAAAAGGAGGAAAACACUGUGUGCUUCCACCCUUAGGACUGACUUUCCAGGACACAAGUUUGGGUUUGUUCGGAGAUUCAAUAUUGUACCAGUCUGGAAAUACAAUUGGGUCAGUAUUGCACAGCACUGGUAAAAUCCAAUUCAAUAAAUUUGAGGUUGAACCAUCCACAAAAUUUCUUACCAAAGGAAUGGGGGAUCUAUUCAUCUUACGAAAUGGAGAGGAUGUGGAAGUAUGGAGUUGGGUGGACAAAACUUGGAAGUAUUGCAUUAAGGGCAUUUUGAGAAAGGAUGAUCGCUAUGUAGCAUGGUGUAAUGAUGCAUGCAUAGUGUUGUGGGGUUUCUAUACCCCUCCCAUACUAAUAUGGUUCUGGUAAAUCUUGCGACUUGCCUGAGAAAAAAAAAUGGUGUGCUAAGAAAACUAAAGAAAGAAAUUUUGUAAUCUUCUGUGAUAUACUAUAUCUUUAAUUUCAUUUAAAUAAAUUUAUUCUUACAAUUAAGAAAUGAUAAAUUGUGACAUCAAAGGCUGUUGUCUUCUAAUUUAUUUACUGUUUUGAUUAUCUGUGUUGUUGAUUGUUUGUUGUGUUUUUUUUUUUCUUUUCACAAAUAUUUGUGAUAAAGUAAAAUCUUUCCUGUGUAUGGUUUCUAAAAUAUUCUGUCUCCUGGUUACCUUUCAACUAAAAUUUUUUGUUACACUUUUGUUUUGUUUUAGUUGUGUCUUUCUCUGUAAGAUUCAAUUGUAAUAUUAAAAAAGAAAUUUAUCAAAA